AUGAGUAUAAUUGUACCAGGUAGAUUCGAUUUAGUAAACAAAAAAUUUGAUAAUUUAACCAUUGAUAAUAUUGAGAAAUCAAUUGGUGAAUAUAAUUAUGUUAAUAACGAUUCAAAAGAUUUAAAAAGUUAUCAUAUUUUAGAUUUAUCAGGAAAUGUUAUAUUUAAUAUAUCUUUACACUCAAUUUCAACAAACUUUAGUCAUAUUACAGAACUCUAUUUAAUCAAUAAUGAAUUAAAAGAAAUUCCACAAGAAAUCAACACCCUUAUAAAUUUAAAAAAAUUAUAUGUUUCAAAAAAUAAAUUAGAAUCAAUAUCAAAUAUAAAUAAAUUAGAAAAAUUAGAAAUUUUAGAUUUAAGAGCAAAUAGAAUCACACAAAUAAAAAAUAUUGAAAAUAAUUUAAAAUUAAACUACAUAUCACUAUCAAAUAAUUUAAUUGAAUCGAUUGAUGGUUUUCCAAUAUUAUUAAAUUUAGAAACUUUAUUUUUAUUUUCCAACCAAAUUAAAGAUUUUAAUAGUUUUUGUAAAGAUUUAAAAACCAAAUCUCCAAAUGUUUCAAAAUUAUUGGUCGAAAAUAAUCCAAUGUUGGUAAAUGUAAAGUCAACUUAUAUCCAAACUAUCAAGGAAUCAUUACCUAAAAUUGCCACAAUAGAUUUUCAAAAAAUAAAUUAA